GCAGCAUUUUGCCCCUUUAAUAAUUUAGAAGGGAGAGAUGUGAGAGUGCAGGUGGGGGUGGGGCGGUGAUAUUCUAAUCCCAGGCUGCCAGGGAGGAUAACAGGGAGGAGGAGGAGGUGGAGGAUGUGUUGUAUUCUGAGGGACAAGACCUCGGUGGUGGUGCUGUUCAUCUGAAGGGGGGCUUGCUUCAUCGGAAGGCUGACCAGGAGAGAAGAUGUCGGGCCAGACGUUGACAGAUCGCAUCGCAGCCGCACAGUACAGUGUGACAGGCUCGGCAGUGGCCAGGGCUGUGUGCAAGGCCACCACUCAUGAAGUCAUGGGGCCAAAGAAGAAGCACCUUGACUAUUUGAUACAAGCUACUAAUGAGACAAAUGUGAAUAUUCCUCAGAUGGCAGACACAUUGUUUGAACGAGCAACAAAUAGCAGCUGGGUCGUUGUGUUUAAAGCCUUAGUCACAACUCAUCAUUUAAUGGUCCACGGUAAUGAGAGAUUCAUCCAGUAUCUGGCAUCUCGGAACACACUAUUUAACCUAAGCAACUUUUUGGACAAAAGUGGAUCACACGGUUAUGACAUGUCAACAUUCAUUAGGCGCUACAGUAGAUAUCUCAAUGAAAAAGCCUUCUCCUACAGACAAAUGGCAUUUGACUUCGCCAGAGUAAAAAAGGGAGCUGAAGGGGUGAUGAGGACCAUGGUGCCAGAAAAGUUACUAAAGGGCAUGCCUAUACUACAAGGACAGAUUGAUGCUUUGCUGGAGUUUGAUGUUCAUCCAAACGAACUGACAAAUGGAGUUAUAAAUGCUGGUUUUUUGCUGCUUUUUAAAGACCUCAUCAAGCUUUUUGCUUGUUAUAAUGAUGGUAUUAUUAAUUUAUUGGAGAAAUUUUUUGAAAUGAAGAAAAGCCAGUGUAAAGAUGCCCUAGAAAUUUAUAAGCGAUUUCUGACCAGAAUGACGAGGGUUUCGGAGUUCAUGAAAAUUGCAGAACAAGUUGGCAUUGAUAAAGGAGACAUUCCUGACCUUACACAAGCUCCCAGCAGCCUCAUGGAAACAUUGGAGCAGCAUUUAAAUACACUGGAAGGAAAGAAAGGCAGCAGUGAUGGCUCCGGUUCACCAGUGGGCAAGUCUUCACCUGCUACUACAGUCACCUCACCAAACACUACACCAUCAAAAACUGUAGACACAUCCCCACCUAUUGACCUUUUUUCAACUCCAAGUACAGCAUCUCCUAUAUGUUCAGCUAAACUCUCCAAUGAUCUCCUGGAUCUGCAACCAGAUUUCACCUCCUCUGCGCAGGGUGCCGCAGCUGCCUCUGGAGGUGCUAGCGCAUGGGGCGACCUUUUGGGCGAGGACUCUCUCUCUGCACCUUCAUCUCUUAUCUCAGAGGCUGCUCAGCUGGAUGACCCAUUUUCAGCUGAGCCCAGUGCCCUUACUGCUGCUGCUCCCACUGAAACUCCAGCUCCUUCUGUGUCUCCUGCACCUGCGUCUAUUAGUACUACCAGUGCUGAGGUUGAUCUGUUUGGAGACGCCUUUGCUGCUUCUCCUGGGGAAGCACCUGCAACACUAGAUGGGGCUGCAGCUCCUUCCACCCCUGUCCCUGUUGCAGCGGCCCUUGAUGCAUGCUCUGGAAACGACCCCUUUGCCCCAUCCGAAGGUAGUGCAGAAGCUGCUCCUGAACUGGACCUUUUUGCUUUGAAGCCAGCUGAAAGCAGUACUCCUGUAGUUACCCCUACUACCAACACAGCUGCUGCUAGUGCUGCUGUCGCAACUACUCCUUCUCCUCUUCCUCCUACACCUGCUACAGCAGUUGCUCCUCCUCCUACUACUACUACAACUGCUACUACCACCGCUGCCACCGCAUCUGCCAGCACUACCACAGCAACUGCUGCUGCUGCUCCUGCUCUAGAUAUCUUUGGUGAUUUAUUUGAGUCUGUUUCGGGAGUAGCUGCUGUUCCAAAGCCAGAUGUUACGCCUAGCAUAGACCUGUUUGGGACAGAUGCUUUCUCAUCCCCACCGCAUGGGGCUUCUCCUGUGCCCGAGACUUCCCUCACUGGAGACCUCUUGUCUGUGGACGCUUUUGCAGCUCCGUCCCCUGUGCCCACGGCUUCACCUGCAAAGAUUGAGUCUUCCGCUGUGCUCGAUUUAUUUGGAGAUGCUUUUGAAAGUGUAGCUGAACCACAACCUCCAGCUUUGGCACCUACCGGAACAUCUGCUUCUGCAGAUCUGUUGGCUGGAUUUGGGGGAUCUUUUAUCAGUCCAACUCCUGCACCGAUUACUGCAGCACAGAAUAACCUCAUUCAGAGUGGCUUUGAUGCAGCAUUUGGAGCCAGUCAGCCUGCUUCUGCCCCUUCCCCUGCUGCAGCUCCGGCUCCUUCAGCCACUGGCAGCUCUUUUGAUGCAUCAGUAUUUGAUGGCUUAGGAGAUCUUCUUAUGCCCACUAUGACUCCAUCUCAGACCCCAUCAUCUCCACUCACAUCAGCAAAUAAUAUCGGCGGCUCCGGCAAAGGUCUCGGCAGUGACCUUGAUUCCUCUCUUGCAAGCUUAGUUGGUAAUCUUGGAAUUUCUAGCACCCCUGGUAAAAAGGGAGACCUUCUGUGGAAUGCAGGAGAAAAAAAACUCACAGGUGGUGCCAACUGGCAGCCAAAGGUAGCUCCAGCAACAUGGGCAACUGGUGGCUCAUCAACUGCUCCUAUGCAAGGAUCUGCUCCUCCAGCAAGUGGGGGAGCCUCAUCAGCAAGUACUGCACCAGGUGCUCAGCCAGCAGCGGCAGCAGCAACUGGGUUUGGUCUAGCUUCAUCUGGGACAGGGGUACCAAUGAUGCCCCAACAACCAAUGAUGUAUGGUCAGCCUAUGAUAAGGCCGUCAUUUGCUGGAGCUUCUGCUCCUGGUGCUCCGCUGUCUCCAAGUAUGACUCCUGCUUCACAGAGCCCCAAAAAACCCCCAACAAAGGAUCCCUUAGCAGAUCUUAACAUUAAAGACUUCUUGUAAACUUGUAAGAUGCUGUUUUUUUGACAUGAGAAAUGCGAGUUUGGAGCCUUUGAAGAACAGAUUGCUGCUCAGAGUUUCUAAGUGAGCCACCAGUACCAAACCCAGUGCUUAGAUUUAUCUCUUCUGAAACGCGUAGCACAGCUGUGAAAGUAACCAUUAGGAUUGUGUAUUAACCUUAGCAGUUACCCGCUAGUAUUUAUCAUAUAUUUUGUUUUCUGUUUUAUUUCAUUUUUGUGUAGCUGGAUUUUCUGUGGUUUUUCCGGUUUUCCAUGAGUAAGUUUUCCCAUGCCUUCUAAUGCUUUUCUGGUCCUACCUGGUGGGGGCAGAACACGCAGCUGUUUGUGUGCUGAGCAGUCUUGAGCGAUGUGUCUGUGUUUUAUGAACGUUUUGAUGUAUAUAAUGUUUGGACAUCCUCUGUUUCUUCUAUCGAAUAUGAAAUAUUGUAUGAUCACACCAGAAAAACACUCCAAUACAAACCUUUGUUUUGUGUCUGCGUGAGAACUACCCACAGGACUAUCAAUUGUGAAAGCAAACUGUUUUUGUGGUACUUUAUAUGCUUAUUUAUAAUUUGAAAGGAAUUGGAAA